UGCAUUUGCGCUGCGGUGAAGUGCGCUAUCUAUCAAGUCGUAACUCGUAAAAUAAAAUUCAGAUUUCAAAUGAAUUUAUCAUUUAGCUGUUCUAUGUAACCUAAGUACAAUUCAAAAUAAACAUAAUAAUUUGUCUGCUAAAUUACGCAAUAAUGUGCUACUGCCGGAUCAUGACACUAGAACACUAAAAACACCUUCGACAGAAAGAAUUAUAUUUGAAGGAUUUCGUAAAACACGAUGGUUUUCGAAAGUAUCGUGGUUGAUGUCCUGAACAGGUUCCUUGGGAGCUAUGUAGAGAACUUGAAUAGGUCCCAGUUAAAGUUGGGAAUAUGGGGCGGUGAUGUUGUUCUGGACAAUUUGGUAUUGAAACAGAAUGCUUUGGAGGAAUUAAAUAUACCUGUUCAGACAGUUUAUGGACAUUUAGGCAAACUCGUACUUAAAAUACCAUGGAAAAAUUUGUACGGGGCGUCGGUGGAGGCAACGAUUGACCGUCUCUUUCUAAUCGUGAACCCGACGGCUGAAGUCAAGUAUGACCACGAUAAGGAGGAGAAGAUGGCGCUUGCCGCCAAGCAGGCUGAGCUCGCUAGAGUUGAGGCUGCUAAGAAAAUGGAGAAAGAAAAAGACAAAUUGGACGAGACAUUCGUCGAGAAGCUGGUGACGCAGAUUAUCAAGAAUGUGCAGCUGAAGAUCACAGACAUCCACAUUCGGUAUGAGGACAGCGUCACCAAUCCUAGGGCACCCUUUUCACUCGGGAUAACUCUUCACAACCUCUCCGUCCAUACCACUGAUGAGAAUUGGAAGCAAACCGUAAUACAGGAAGCAGUCACGAAGAUUUUCAAGAUACUUCAUUUAGAAGGUUUGGCAAUGUACUGGAACCCAACCACCGAGUUUUAUUCGAAAUGCAACCCAUUGGAUAUACAAUCCAAAUUGUCAAAAGAGAUUGCCACGAAAUCCUCACAACCAAAGUCAUAUGACUAUGUUUUGGGUCCAAUAAAUGCCACUGCCAAACUAAAAUUAAACCGAAAGCCAGAAGGCGACGUACCAAAGUUUAGUAUACCAAAAGUUAUAUUAAACCUUCACAUGGAGCAACUGUCGGUGAAUCUGACUAAAUCACAAUACAGAGACAUGACUCUGCUGGCUGACUCCAUGGACAGAAUGAACAAAGCUGCACCUUACAGAAAAUACCGCCCAGACUUAAAAUCAUACAGAGGUCACUUCAAAGAAUGGUGGAAAUUCGCAUACAUAUGUAUAUUGGAAGAUAAGGUGCGCAGACGGCGCAGGAACUGGGACUGGACUCACAUGUUGAAUCACAGGACGCUGUGUAAAAAUUACGCGACGGCUUACCAGUGCAAAUUGAGCAAUUCGAAGAUCAAUUCUGAACAACAGUGCAUAAUUAAUGAGGCGGAGAAAAAACUAGAUUUGUUCAACUUGGUGGUUAUCAGGCAACGGAUAGAGAUGGAGGUUGAAAGGCUAGGCAAACUGGAAGAAGAAGCGAAGAAGACGCGCGGGUGGUUCGGUGGCUGGUUCUCAAGCGGCUCUAAAGAUGAUGAGCUCUCAGAAGGCACUGCUAUUAUGAAACAAUUCGAAAAGGCAAUGACACCAGAAGAGAAGGAGAAGUUGUUCCGUGCCAUAGACUACCAAGAAAACACCGCUCCUCUACAUUUGCCGGUGGAGUACGUCGCGGUUGUGGGCAACUUCAGGCUGGAUCGUCUACAAGUGGCUGUCAAAGAUGACGUGGAAGUCCUGAAGGCAUGUGUGGAUAACGUGGUCGUGGAUUUGCAACAGAGGCCUAGCGCUAAUGAUUUUAGAGUGGACGUCGAAAUGCAAUCGUUCACCGUGACGGGCGUGGAGCAGGAAGACUUCGUGCCGCAACUGGUCAUCUCCAAAGAGGUCACCCAGGACAUCAAUCUUCUUAACGUCGUGUUCGAAACCAAACCACUCGAUGGCAAGUGUGAUCAAAGGGUAAAAGUCUCGGCGCGUCCGCUACAAAUAGUCUAUGAUGCUCAAACAGUCAUAGAAAUUGUGGAGGUGUUCAAACCACCCACGGAGUCCACGGCUUUGUCUACCUUACAAGUAGUCGCAGGAAACAAGUUGUCGGAUUUGAAAGAGAAGUCUGCACUAGGCAUGCAGUAUGCAGUCCAAAACCACACAUUCAUCGAUAUCGAUAUCGACAUCGCUGCUUCUUAUAUCAUUGUACCGCAGACGGGAACUUACAAGGGCGGAGAAGCUUGCGUAGUAAUGAAGUUGGGUGCGAUCAGUGUGAAGUCGGAGCCUCGUUCUAGCGCUCUGGAUGUCCACAAACUGUAUUGCGACGGGCUGGCGGACGACGACAUCAUCCGCGAAAUCACUUUGCAUAGUUACGACAAGAUGGCGCUGCAGCUCACUGAGAUACAGGUAGUAAUAGCGUUACCAGACGAAGAUUGGCCGUCCGCGAUCGCGUCGAACGAAGCGACUCCGCUGCAUCUGUUACAGCCCACUAACCUCACCAUACAGAUACACAAGUGUCUGAUCACGGACGACCCGCGCAUGCCCAAAAUCAAAGUCAGGGGUGAACUGGACACGAUUGUUAUCAAUGUUUCGGAAGACCGGUUAUUAACACUGUGUGAAAUAAUAGUGGGUAUGCCUCUUCCGAAAUCUGAUGAAUCAACUCAACUCAAGCCUGGCGAAUCGAAGGGAUCAAGUCUAUCGCUACUGAAAUAUUUAGACCCUGUGGAGAAGCAAAAACGUGACAAAGCUCGCACAAUUAAGCAAAAUGAGGACCCAUCCGUGCAGCUGACAGAGGUCGAGGCCUUCUUUAUUAUGAAAGAUCUCGUCUUAAGUAUAAACCGGCCAACCGUGAAAACGAGUGAAGGGUACGACAAACUGCUAGUUUUCACUUUAACAUUAUUGGAAUUGACUGCGACUCAGAAGACAUACAUGUUGGAAACCAAGUUGCGUCUGGGAGCCGUGCAGUUGCAACAUCACAGAAUAGGGCAUAAGGUGGUCAACAUACUCGACACGCCGCCGAAUAGCUUGCCUUCCGUGCAAUCCGAUACCGAUAGCAUAAGCAACCAGUAUCUAUUUACAUUCAGCUAUUGUAAUGUCGACAAGAAAUGUCCCGAAUUCAGAAGUUACUACGCAUCGGUUGAGCAAUUGAUUGAAUUAGAUUUGGCUAAUUUGAAAUUACUGCUCCAUUUGCAAAGUCUUCAAGAAAUAUUACUUAUUGUUAAUGAAUAUCAGACAAGACUUCAAAUCAUUCAAAGUACAGUGGACAGAACGGCCAAUGCUGGUCCCCUAGACACAAUCAUGGAAGAUGAGGAAUACACAUCUACAAAAUCUAAAGUGAACAUCGCAAAGCUGGCACAGCAAAAGCAAGUGGAGAGUAUUCAAUUGAAAGUGAACGCUAAGCUGGGGACCAUAGAGAUCGGAUUCGCAACGGACCGCCGUCCGCUGGCAGCGGUCUAUUUACACGGUGGCACAGCCGGCCUUGUACUGAAGAGUUCCUAUACGCAGGUCGAUUGUGCUAUUGGAUCGAUCAAAGUUAACGAUCUUAAUCCUGAAACUAUACACAAAGAGAUAAUAAAAGUACUUGGCGGCGAUGUGAUGAACGUGCAAGUCGUCAUGUACAACGUGGAACAGCAUCCGAAAGUGAGCGAUGUAAACAUGUCCAUCGACGCACAGAUCAACUGUCUGCGCAUCGUGUUCCUCAAUUGGUUCGUCAACUCUAUGCUGGAAUUCUUGAACAACUUUCAAACAGCGCAGCAGGCUAUUAUAGAAGCGUCUACGCAAGCGGCGGAUGCGGCUCGUACUAACGUACAAACGGCGUAUCAAAAUUCUACCAAAGUACGCCUAAAAAUUCGUCUGGACGCGCCCAUCAUUGUGAUUCCAGAAAAUUCCAAGAGUUUGGACGCUAUGCUUGUAGAUUUUGGUCACAUGAAUGUGAAUAAUAAGUUCAUUGACGUAGCGCCUAUGAUUUCUGACGUCAGAAACAAGGUGACAAUCGACGAAUUAACCCUCGACUUAGAAGACAUGAAAGUAUCGUGCGUACGUUUGGUGGACGAGGACACGAUAGGCCUGGAGAGGAAACUGUUGCGGCCGACCAGUUUCAGGCUGAUGGUGAAACGCAGCCUGUCUUCCUGGUACGAGUCCUUGCCAGAUUUGGAUGUAUCCGGCCGAAUGAAGACGAUAGCUAUUACAGUCGGCCACAGUGACUACAAGAGCAUCAUGAAAAUCCUACACCAAAACCUACAAGAGGGUCAGAAGAAAGCUGAGGAGUCGAAAGCUCCACCAGUGUCCAAGAUAACAUCGCGGGCCACCGUUAAGAGUCAAACCAGCCGCAUCGCUGCCAAAUCUACCGCCACUGUUGUCACUGUGAACAGAGAAGACAAAGAGGAGAAGAUGCCAAGGAUGACUAUCAAAUUCGCGUUCACUAUGGACAGUUUUGUGAUAGAUUUAUUAAAUACUGUCAAUGAGGAGAAGUCGAUGUUCGUGAAAGACGUGGAGUUGGCUCGGUUUUGCCUCGCGCUGCUGUCGAUCAAGGGCCGCAUGUUCUCGGACAACUCCAUGCACACGUCUGUGCUGUUGGUGGACUGCACGCUCGACGACACCAGGCCCGGACGGGGCGCUAAGAUUACUAGAUACUUGGAGCGUCGCCGCGAGAAGAAAGAGGUUGUUGAAAACCAAGACGACUCUGUUCUUAUGCAAGCGCACGAUAAGAUACGAAGCAUGAUCGACAUCACGUAUACUUUGAAACGCUCGGAUACAUUCAUCGACAUGAGGAUAUUCAGUUUCAACUUGAUACUCGCGAUGGAUUUCAUGAAUAAGAUUGCGGAGUUCAUCACCACCGGCCUAGCUGAAGAUGUGCCAAAACCCAAAAUGAAGGACGAAGUCAAGCCGGUGAAAUCGUUACAAGAGAAGUCCAUUGCUAGCGUCAAUAAAGCUCAAUCAAACAUUUCCGGGCCAGCGCUGCAGGAGCAAGCGACGUCUACGGCCAUGAUGACCGUCAACAUCAAGAUAGAACAACCAGAUAUUAUUCUCGUGGAGUCGCUCGAACAGAAGCAGUGCGACGCGCUUGUUCUUAACAUGGAGGCGCGUUUCAAACUGCGCAAAACGGCCGAACGAAUGGUAGCAGACGGGGGUAUUUCCGGCCUGCAGAUGGUGGUGCGGCCGUUGUCCAGAGCGAGCGCGGCCAACACUCAGCCGCGCUACCUGCUGUCGCCGGCGUCGCUGUCGCUGGCGCUGUCGCAGCCGCCCGACUGUGGCAUGCACAUCGACAUCGCUAUAUCUGAUAUCAAGAUCACCAUGUCUCCAGAUGUGAUAUCACUCCUGAACCGCGUAAUGGCGACAAUCACUAGCGGCGAUGAGGACGACACGGAGCAAGAGAACAAAACUGUGUUCUACAGCAAACUGUGGGAUAUGCAGCCGUUCAAAAGCAGCGACCACUGGUUCUUGAAAGCCGAGGAAGCAAGCGACGCGCUCGCGUACGAAGAAGAGGCGGAGGUGGUUGAAACGCCAGCGCCAUCUGGCGAGAUCUGUCUUCUGUCCAGUCCUUCCAUAGUGCUCUCGUUUGAAAUGGAGAUCGGAACUGAAACUAUUCCCGUGUUGGUCAUGCAGGCUUCCCUCAGCGGACAACUCACAGAUUGGAGUUCUAACUUCUACAUGACGUCGACGUGGGCGAUGCAGGUGUCGUUCUACAACAUCGAGCGCGGCGUGUGGGAGCCGCUCAUCGAGCCCGUGGAGGUGAUGCAGGACGCGCAGUACAAGCACGUGCCCUGGGAACUCAACAUGGAGAUGGUGAUGCGUACCCAAGAUUCGAAGCUAAUGAUCGACCAGACAGACGAAGCGACAAACAUACAAAAUGUGGCGCAGCGACUGCCCGACAAGACGGUCACCAUCUCCAGCAGUGAGCCGCUGGAGAUCACUCUCACCAGGACUGGCAUGGAGGUGUUGACUCAACUAGGAAACUCAUUCUCUGCAGCCGUUACGGAGUUAGAAAACACCUCAACUUCUCGAACCAGAACUACCGAUGACAUUGAAAAGAAGUUCCUUGGCGCGCCGUACGUCCUCCACAACUGCACAGGACUCACCGUCAAACUGUUGUUGGAGAAGAAUCACGAUUUCUCAGUCUUCCUCACAGACGAGUUCGUUUCGUCAAAUUACAGAGAAGUGGUGCUGGAGCCGGGCGCGUGCCUGCCGCUGCAGCUCAAGCACGGCGCGCUCAACAUCAUGAAGCUCAACGAGCCCGCGCCCUCGCUCAAACUCAACGUGCUGGUCGUGGAGCUAGAUGACGAAGUGGAAAUUCCCGUGGAACGCGUGGACAAGCGCUACUUCCCUCUCGGGCGGCGGCUGACGUCCGACGUGGUCGAGAAAAACAUCCCCCAUGUGGCGGCCAUCGAGCCGAGGGGACUCAUCUCCGACAUCAUCAUGCAGGAUGCCGCUUUGCAUAUCUAUUUGAGGAGUGUGGUGCAGGUAACCAACAAUCUAGCGGUAAACGUGUCAGUGUACUACAUGACCCUGAGCGGCAACGAGGUGCGAUUAUUGGGAGAUGUAAAGCCAGGGGGAGUGUUAAGACUUCCGUUGCAGGCCGUGCAUACUCCCACUGCUGAGAUCUUCUUCUCUGUCGAAGGUUUCACGGUGUCAGUGUCUCCGUUCGUUUGGCGGGAAUUGCAGCAAGAAGUGGUCAUCUCACAUUUAUUGCAAUGCGACUCAAAGGACAAGUACAGUGGCGAGAAAUUCUAUUUGAGGGCGGUCGGCAAGAUGGAGCAGGUGUUCUACGAGCACACGAACCGGCACACGUUCGCGUCGUCGUGCUACGACAUCGUGCUGAAGCCCACAGUGAAGCUGCAGAACUGCCUGCCCGUGGACGUCGUGGUGUCGCAGCUGGGGCUGCAGCGCGCGCAGCGCUUCCGCCCCGGCGAAAUGUUCCAUCUCUCGCAUCUCGCGCCCAACAAGGCGUCCGUUGUCAUCAUGAUCCAAAAUUACCUGGACAAAUGUUGGGUGUGCACAAAGAAUCUGCCCGAUGCUGAAACAGAACUAUCAGUUUGGUCAUUUGAGUCCCACGACAGUCCCUCCCUGAUGACCUUGGACCUCGGCAUGCACAGUGUGGACACUGCGGGCACGCAAGUAUUGUCCCUCUACUGUCCCUUCUGGAUGCUGAAUAAGACUGGAUUCACUCUUUGCUAUAGGAAAUCAAAGAAACAGGAUAAAGAGAACAGCACCCCAAAUAAGAUUAUGGGUUCACGAUGCAGUAAAUGUUUCAGAAGAUGUAAUUGCUUGCGGAACGCAGAUGAGACAGGCAACGUGAUUUUCCACCCGAAAGAUUACAAGGAACCGAUACUAUUCUCGUUCCGCGCGAAGAACUUCUUCGGCAAGAAGAAGGCAUCGAUUCGCGUGGAGUUUGGCGAGUGGUCUGAGAAGUUCUCAUUGGAUGUGCCCGGUAGCGCGGGCGUCCUCGUUUGCAGGAACGAAGGCAGGGCCUACCAGGUGGCCAUCAACAACCAAUUGACCUUCAACAGUUUGACCAAGAUGGUGAUCUUCACGCCUUUCUUCCUCAUCAUCAACGAGGCUCCAUUCGACAUCCAGUAUCAAGAGUUGCAUCGGUCUGGAGAUCCAUGGAUAAUGGUGAAACAAAACUCAGUGGCGCCGCUGUGGCCGGUGAUAGAGACAGAAGACAAGCUGCUGUUGCUGCGAGUGGCGUGCUCCACCACGCACUCCGCGCCGUUCCUGUACACUGAGCAGCACAGCACGUGUCUCAAGCUGGACAACGAGUACGGAGGGCUGCACGUGGAAACCCAGCUGAGUGAAGGCGGUACGUACAUCACUAUCCGCCAAUACCGGCCCGGACACGCGCCCGCACUUUUAGUCAAUUAUUCUCCUUACCCAAUCAACAUAUACGAGAAGAUGAACGUCAAUAUCAAAAAGUUGGCGCCGAAGAACAAAAUGCUAUACGCAUGGGAAAACCCUGCUGGGCCGCGAGUGCUGCUCUUUGAAGCUCACAAGAACAAGGAAGUCGAGAACGACCUGAGGAAGGACGGCAUGGGCGAGUUUCUAAUCAACGAGCGCACAAAAGUGUGGUGGGUAUCAUUCCUGGACGGGCUUCAGCGCGUGGUGCUGUUCACUGACAACCAGCUGCUGGCGUACGGCGCGCACACUAUCGGCGAGGCCGAGCUCGUCAGUAUGGAGAUCGACCUGUCCAUACAGGGCAUGGGGCUGUCGCUAGUCAAUGACGAUGAGCUGCACGAAGUUGUUUACAUCAGCAUAUCCAAUUCGGGCAUAAUAUGGGAGCAAUGUAAGAUCGGAUCGAGGCGCUACAAGAAGGUGGACGGACCCAAACUGAUCCAACUAGAGGAAGCCUACCAGAAAUACACCAACGAGAGAACCGUCAGCGAAAUGCCUCCACCGUCCAGAGUCCUAAUCGAUGACAAAUUCGAGGUGGAUUUUGAAGAGAUGAGAAUGAUAAAGCCAAGCGCUCGGAUCUUGCGGCGCACCCUGGAGCCGGGGCUGUGGGCGUCGUGCGGCCUGACGGCGCACUCGCGGCGGCUGCACGCGCGGCUGCACCGGCUGCAGAUAGACCAGCAGAUGCCGCUGCCCACCUUCCCCGUGGUGCUGGCGCCCGUGCCGCCGCCCCGCUCAGUGGCCAAUGCCGACCCCUGCGGUAUGAAGCCUUUCAUAGAGGUGUCGAUAGUGGAGCUGCACUACACCGAGCACAGCAAGGUGCGGCAGUAUAAGUACUACAAGGUGCUCAUACAGGAGUUCCAGGUCAAGAUCGACAUGGGGCUGGUCACCGCGCUCAUGGCCAUAUUCCCGCAAAGGCUGCUCACUGAGGAGGAAGCGUUGGAGGCAUUCAGGACGGAUUAUGACAGAGCCAAACAGCCUCUUGAAGCAUUAGCGGCCAUCAGUGUUGCCUCUGACCAGAAGAAUUUCUAUGACAACUUGCAUUUGUCGCCGCUCAAGGUGCAUCUGUCGUUCUCACUAGGCGGCGCCUCACAACUGCCCACGUUUGUUGGAACGCUGCUUCAGAGUCUUGGGGUCACUUUGACGGACAUGAACGAUGUUGUUUUCAAAUUGUCGUACUACGAGCGAACGUACGAGUUCUUAUCUCAGAAGGAGUUGGUGAGCCAAGUGCAGAAUCACUACACGGGGCAGGCGCUCAAACAACUGUACGUUUUAGUCCUGGGAUUAGACGUCAUUGGAAAUCCUUACGGAUUGGUGAUUGGCCUAAAGAAAGGAGUGGAAGAUCUAUUUUAUGAGCCAUUCCAGGGUGCUAUCCAAGGUCCGGGCGAGUUCGCGGAAGGCCUGUUCAUCGGAGUGCGGUCGCUGGUGGGCCACACGGUGGGGGGCGCCGCGGGGGCCGUGUCUCGCAUCACCGGGGCCAUGGGCCACGGCUUGGCUGCGCUCUCCUUGGACAAGGAAUACCAAAAGACACGUCGUGAUAACAUGAACAAACCACCGGCAAAUCUGCAGGAAGGUCUCGCUCGAAGUGGGAAGGGACUUGUUAUGGGGGUAGUGGACGGAGUAAGCGGCGUAGUAAUGCGCCCGCUACAGGGUGCGUACGCGAGCGGCGCUUUCGGAUUCGUCAAGGGGCUCGGCCGCGGCACCAUAGGGCUCUUCGUAAGGCCCGUCGGCGGGGUAUUCGACUUCACCUCAGGAUUACUUACCACUAUUAAAAGAGCGGCGGAUCUAUCAGAAGAGGUGACCAAGCGCCGCGCGCCGCGGUACCUGCCCCCAGACAGCGGCAUCCGGCCGUACUCCCGGCUGCAUGCGGAGGGAUACAAGAUGCUCUCCGAACUUGAGAAGGGCAAGUUCCUCACGACGGAUAUGUACGAGGCGCACGUGUGGGUGAUCCCCGCUAAGGAAGUGGUCAUGUGCACUGAUAAACGGCUCAUGUAUUUAGAGAAGAACAACGUUUUCGGCGGCUGGCAGAUCGUGUGGGGAUACUUGUGGACCGAAAUUCCUGAUGUGCCUACGGCUGCCAACAAAGGCGUGUAUGUGCCUACUGCUAAAAAGAAGGUAUUAGGAAUGUUCUCGAGCGCGGGGUCAGGAAAGGUCAUAUUCGUGUACGACGAGCAGCAAAAGAAGUACCUUGUGGCGCAGUGCGAGCGCCUGAUGCGCGCGGCCAGGACUCGUUGACAUGAGAGCGUAGAAAGAAUGACGCCAGCCGAAUGGUUGGGAGAGUUCUUUCUACUUAUAUUCAAUUCCCGCAUUGCGUUGCUUUCUUUGGCAUAUCAUUUUAAUAUGCACCAUUUGAGCCUCAGAGGCUUUCGCUGAAAUUUGUGCUAUGCUUUAAAAGUGGACGAUAUAUAUAUUUUUUUUACAAAUACGUGUGCUUAUUUCGUAAUAUACUUGUUUUGUGAAAAUGGAGUUUCUAGUGCAUUAUGGAAGUAAUAUUUCAAACUUUUAAGAUGGAGCUUCGAUGACAAGUAAAGGCGUGUGAAAUCGAUUUGAUGGAUGUUACAGUUUUACGACAUUUAUAAAAGAUGUGUGGGAUGGAACUUUGUCAACUGAAAGAAUGUUUAUAUUCAUAUUGAUAUUAUUAUUACUCGAAUAUAUCAAGAGCAUGACUGACUGCGGUAAGAUACUACUAUAAUAUACACGCGAUAUUAUGCUCGCCAAAUGAAUUGGACUAGCAUCACAAAUAACUUACCAUAAAACAUAAUGAAAUAGUACAUUAGCAGUGAGUGACGCGCUUUAUGUAUUUGAAUUUUUACAAUUUACAAUGUAGCGGACUAUUAUAAGCCUUGUAACGAGUAUUUACUCUUCAGCCAUUUCACAUUUAUGAAGUACAUUACGUUCGUAAGCUGUAUUCAGUAGCAUUGUCUUCCGUAAUUUACAGAGUCUUGGUUGAAAAAAGCUAUGUUGAUUUUUUUGUGAAAUAUUUAUAGUUAUAUGAUAUUUUUAUCACCAAUGUUAGCAAAACAAGUUGUUGUGUAUUUUGAUAAGUACACAUAUUUAUAUCGAUAUCUGGAUAAAUUAAGAAUCUUUGUGAGAUAUCUAUUGAAUUUACAAUAUAAAUCCAGUUGUUUCUUUGAGGUUUUAUUAAAUUUAUAGUUUAUUUAGGCAAUAAGUUCAAAUCGUAUUAAAGUCUGAUCGGAUUAUAUUUCGAUAAUAUGAGCAUCGAUUCACGACAUUUUGUGUAACAAUUUUCAAUACUCGAUCUAUAAAGUUGAUUUAGUACAAAUUAUUUGACUGUUUAUAAAUCUUGUAAUUUUGAAAACAUUACCAAAAUUAGUUAUAUCGUUGAUUGAAUCAAAGCAAUAUGUUAUAAAUUAUAUGAGGCGUCCAAAAACGAGUGCCUUUCGUACCUACCAAUAUAGAAGUACCUUUCUUUGUUUUUCCUCAGAAAUAUUACAAAAAUGCUGUUUAAGGGUUUUGGAGACUUUUCUCGUUUUAUAAUAUAUUAUGUUGCGAUGCUUAUAUUGUAUUUUGUGGUUCUGCUUCGGUAUGCCGUACAGCCUGCGACCGCUCCAUAACUAUAUGAAAAUUGCGUUCACUUUUAUACUGCGUUUAUUUUGUUAGCAUUUGAUGUAAAUGUUUGUAUUAUCGUUUGUUGCACAAUUUACUAAUCAGUUAUACCUGCUUAAUUUGUUAUCAAGCUUGUGUACUAUUGUUUUUAAGAAAUAUAUAAAAAUAUUAUACA